CGAGGCAGCAGCAAGCCAGCAACCGAUAGAGAGACAGCGAGAAAUGGCGUGCCACUUCGCCGCGCUCCUGCACCCACCGCCACCGGCUGCCGCGCGCGCGCCAACCUCCUCGCCCUGGGCGGGCUCCCGCCGCUCCUCCCCGUGGGACGGCGCCGCGCGGGCACUCCGGUUUCGCCUGCGGUCGCCCGCCCCGCGCGCCGCGAGGGUCGUCUUCUCCCCGCGCUGCUCUUCUUCCUACCCCGCCGCAGGGGAGUCGCCCGCGGAGGCGCUACGGAGGGUGCUGGAGACCCCCGGCGCCCACCAGGCCCCCGCGUGCUACGACGCGCUCAGCGCCCGCCUCGUGGGGCGCGCGGGGUUCAAGGUCUGCUUCACGAGCGGUUUCUCGAUAUCUGCUGCACGCCUUGGAUUGCCAGAUGUAGGUCUCAUCUCCUAUGGGGAAAUGAUAGAUCAAGGGCGUCUGAUCACCGAAGCAGCAUCAAUCCCAGUGAUUGGUGAUGCUGAUAAUGGUUAUGGAAACUGUAUGAAUGUCAAGAGAACAGUAAAAGGAUUUAUUAAAGCUGGUUUUGCUGGAAUUAUUCUUGAAGAUCAGGUGUCACCGAAAGCAUGCGGGCAUACACAAGGAAGGAAAGUUGUCUCAAGGGAGGAAGCAAUUAUGCACAUAAAAGCUGCUGUAGAUGCCAGGAAAGAGAGUGGCUCUGACAUUGUUAUUGUGGCAAGGACAGAUUCUCGUCAAGCUUUGUCUCUUGAUGAAGCAUUAUGGAGAGUGCGUGCUUUUGCUGAUGCUGGAGCAGAUGUUCUGUUUAUUGAUGCCCUUGCUUCAAGAGAAGAGAUGAAGGCAUUUUGUGCAGUAUCACCUGGAGUUCCAAAAAUGGCUAACAUGUUAGAAGGUGGUGGUAAAACUCCUAUAUUGAGCCCUGCUGAACUUGAAGAAACUGGCUAUAAGCUCAUAGCCUACCCAUUAUCUCUGAUUGGGGUAUCAAUGCGUGCAAUGGAGGAUGCUCUUAUUGCUAUAAAAGGUGGUCGCAUACCUCCUCCUGGCAGUCUACCAUCAUUUGAGGAGAUCAAAGAUACCCUGGGGUUUAACAGCUACUAUGAAGAAGAAAAACAAUAUGUCGUGGCACCAGCCCAGUCAUCAUCAUACUGGAGUGGUUACUACGAUAAUACAAGUGAAGCAAGCAGUCCAGGAGAUGCCAAAUCAAGAACUGAAACACCGCAAGAGCCUGUCAUUGACAUAUUGCCUCAGCUAUAUGAUCUUGGUCCCACCGGAGGCAGAGGCCCUUCGACAGGGAUGUGGUCUCGAACACUUCGGUUAAGGAUUACAGGAAGAGACGGAGUUCAGAAAAUUGAUGCUAGGAUACCUGCUGGAUUCUUGGAAGGCAUGACAAAAAUUAUUCCAGGUUUGGCUGGAGCUAAUAUCAUGGAAAGGCUUCGGAAUGCACCUAUUGAUACAGAAAGCCCCCAGAACGGUCAGAUACUGCUCGAUUUUGAGGAUGCUAUGGGGGAUAGGAUCCAGGUGUUCAUUGAGUGAGCAUGCAUUUUUUUUUUCCGUUUGCUAGCACGCUGCAAAAUCCAAACGCAUGGACCUUCAAAGAAGCACCAGGCUUCUUGAUGCUGUGCAUACCAGUGAGCCAGCAAAUCCAACAUUGAUCGUGUGACAUGAAGUCAUGAACCGAUGGUUUCCUA